AUGAUUCAGAUCUACGAGAGCUACCUCCCUCUCGGCGUCAUCCCUUCGUACUCUCUUUCUCUCUGGUGCGGGAUGACGGUGGCAAAGAAGAGGUGGAAAAGAAGCCCACCGGAAUCUGUGGGUUUCGAUUCGGAAAAGAAAGAAGGGUUAACGUCGACGGAGAAGAAGCCUAACGACGCCUUCGUCUUCUCGAUUGCGGUCGGGGAUCCCUAG